AUUAGAGUUACCUUAGUACGCUAUUUUAUCUACUCACUCUUCCUCCCAUGGUCGACCUUUCCUUCUCAGUUCUCACAACAUUUCAGUCUCCUUCCCUCUCACCCACAGCACUGCCACCAACUGCCGCGCCAUUAGUUACCGCACCACAGCUGCCGUGUCACUAGCUUCCGCCAGACAGCUCGCACCUCCAGACGCAGCACCGCCCGCAGCAGCACCAUCCAGCCUCGCCCCCUGCCCCUCCGCCAGGACUGCAGCAGUCCAGCCUUCUCUUCCAGCCCACAGACGCCAGAACCAGCAGGCAGCCACUGCCCAGUUGCCCACCACCACCGUCCGCCAGAAUCUGCCCCUGUAAUCCACGAGCCACCGCCACUGGCUACAUCGACCCCAUCCUAAGUCCCCGACCUCGUGGGCACUCCAGCGUCUGUCUCGCCAAGUGUCAAGACUCCAAGUUGCCAUUGAUUGUUGAGUUCAUAGUUCACUGCACCCGAGCAUCUCUCCUUACUGUCCGAGACUCCGAGUCUCUGACCACCUCUCUUGCUGCCGUGUUGCGUCAAUUUUCUGCCUACUUGGUCGCUUUCAUUCUUUCUAAUCUCCAAUUUCAGUGACAUCACUCGAUUUACUUUCUGGAUCCGUCCUUGGUUGGAACUUGGAAGUUGAGCCUUGAUUGAGAUGGCUGAAAGUGCAGCAAAUGGAGUUCUCCAUAACCCAAUAUAUCCAAAUUCCUUCUCUUGUACCCGUUCCUACGCCCAAAUUGCUUCGCACUCCUUUAUGGUGCAGAGGUUAUUCUACACACCCAAACCUCCUAUCUUCAGAAUUACGUGUAGUUCAACAAGAAUCAACAGAAGAUCCGUUUCUAAAAGGGAAAAUUCUGAGGCACAGGAGCUUGUUCGUGUGAUUUUGAGAAACUUCACUGAUAAGGAGCCCUUAGUAUCAACCUUAAACAAAUAUGUAAGAAUAUUGAGGACGGAGCAUUGUUUUAUGCUGUUUGAAGAGCUGGGUAAAACUGAUCGGUGGCUUCAGUGCCUCGAGGUAUUUAGAUGGAUGCAGAAACAAAGGUGGUAUAUUGCAGACAAUGGCGUGUAUUCAAAGUUGAUUUCAGUAAUGGGGAAGAAAGGUCAAACUAGGAUGGCUAUGUGGCUUUUCUCGGAGAUGCGCAAUAGUGGGUGUCGGCCUGAUACUUCUGUUUACAACGCGCUCGUUACAGCACAUCUACAUUCUCGUGACAAGUCUAUGGCCUUGGACAAAGCUCUUGGAUAUUUUAAUAAGAUGAAGGGAAUAGAGCGUUGUAAACCAAACAUUGUGACAUACAAUAUUCUCUUAAGAGCAUUUGCCCAAGCACGGAUGGUUAAUCAAGUUAAUGUGCUUUUUAAGGACCUUGAUGAGAGUAAAAUUUCACCUGAUAUGCUCACAUUCAAUGGUGUGAUGGAUGCAUAUGGAAAAAAUGGAAUGAUCAAAGAAAUGGAAGAUGUACUGGCUCGCAUGAAAAGCAAUCGAUGCAAGCCUGAUAUAAUCACUUUUAAUCUGCUGAUUGACGCCUAUGGAAAGAGACAAGAAUUUGAAAAGAUGGAGCAAGUUUUCAAGAGCUUGUUGCAUUCUAAGGAGAAGCCAACCCUCACCACAUUUAAUUCAAUGAUCGUCAAUUAUGGGAGGGCACGGCUUCGGGAGAAAGCAGAGAGUGUUUUCAAGAAGAUAUCCAGUAUGGGUUACACUCCUAACUAUAUUACAUAUGAGAGUAUGAUCAUCAUGUUUGGAUUGUGCGACUCUGUUUCAAGGGCAAGGGACAUAUUUGAUAGAAUUGUUGCAUCAAAGGAAUUAAAAGUGUCAACAUUAAAUGCUAUGUUAGAUGUUUACUGCUCGAAUAACCUACCAAUGGAAGCAGACGUGCUUUUGGGUAGUGCAAAAGAUUUCGGUGUCCAUCCUGAGUUGUCUACUUAUAAGCUUCUUUACAAAUCCUACACCAAGGGAAAUAUGAAAGAUCUUUUACAGAAGUUAUUAAGGCAUAUGGACCAAGAUGGUAUUGUCCCUAAUAAGAAGUUUUUUUUGGAAUCCUUGGGAGCAUUUGGAUCUUCAACAACUCCUGCCAAAUCCAAUUCAACAGUUACAGAUGUGAGUAGCCAACAUACAGCUGCAGUGAGCUAGUGACAUAAUUCAUAUUAGAGGCAACAGUUAAUGCUCACAGUACAGUUGGCGGUGCCCAGGAGGCCAGGACAAUGUAGUCAGAACAGUUGAUGCUCGCAAUGUAGUCAGAACAGUCAUGUUAUUUGUAAUAUAAGAGUACUCAUUUAAUGUAACAAACAAAUACUAAAUGAAAUAUUUUUUCCAAUGAACAUAAGAUCACCUUUGCAUAUGC